AUGCCCGGCUCCUCGCGCAUGCCCAUCAGCCUUCGCGGCUCCGGCGCCCUCAAGCCCGGCAGCUCGUCGGCUCUAUAUCUGGGCCUGCUGAACCUCGACCUGCUCCGCAACAUCAUCUUCUUCUACUUCGUCUCCCGCUGGACGCGACGCCUCUACUGGAAGCUCCGGGGCCGGGGCGUCAUUGGCGCCAUACUCGAGCUCUACCGCGACGUGCGGCGCGUGCUGUACGGCUGGUUUCUGCAGGCGCCCGGGGUGCGGACGCAGGUGCGGGCCAAGGUCAAGGAGUCGCUGGACAAGAUGGCGGCCAAGCUGGUGCCGCCGGCGCAGACGCGGUACCUGACGCUGCCCAAGGAGGGGAUGCCCGAGGCGGAUGUGCGCGCAGAGCUGGACGCGCUGGCCGGCAUGGACCACACGCGCUGGGAGGACGGCCGCGUCUCGGGCGCCGUCUACCACGGCGAGGCCGACCUCAUCCGCCUCCAGACCGACGCCUACGGCCUCUUCACCGUGUCCAACCCGAUCCACCCGGACGUCUUCCCGGGCGUCCGCAAGAUGGAGGCCGAGGUCGUCAGCAUGGUGCUCAACAUGUUCCACGCGCCCCAGGGCGCCGCCGGCGCGUCCACCAGCGGCGGCACCGAGAGCAUCCUGCUUGCCUGCCUGGCCGCCCGCCAGAAGGCCUACGUCGAGCGCGGCGUGACGGAGCCUGAGAUGAUCCUCCCCAUCACCGCACACACAGCCUUCCGCAAGGCCGGCGACUACUUCAAGAUCAAGGUGCACUUUGUCGACUGCCCCGCGCCCAACUACCAGGUCGACCUGCGCGGCGUCUCGCGCCUCAUCAACCGCAACACCGUCAUGCUCGUCGGCUCCGCGCCCAACUUCCCGCACGGCAUCAUCGACGACAUCUCCGGGCUCGCGCGCCUCGCCGUGCGCUCCAAGCUGUGGCUGCACGUCGACUGCUGCCUGGGCUCCUUCGUCAUCGCGUGCCUCGAAAAGGCCGGCUUCGAGUCGGAGCCGUUCGACUUCCGCGUCAAGGGCGUGUCGAGCAUCAGCGUCGACACGCACAAGUACGGCUUCGCGCCCAAGGGCAACUCGACGGUGCUGUACCGCACCGCCGCGCUGCGCACCUACCAGUACUACGUGUGCCCGGACUGGUCCGGCGGCGUGUACGCGUCGCCGGGGCUCGCGGGGUCGCGCCCCGGGGCGCUCAUCGCGGGCUGCUGGGCGAGCCUCGUCUCCGUCGGCGAGGCGGGCUACGUGGACGCGUGCGGCAAGAUUGUGGGCGCGGCGCGCAAGAUCGCCGAUGCGAUCCGCGAGUCGCCGGCGCUCGCCGGCGAGCUCGAGAUUGUCGGCCGGCCGCUCGUCUCCGUCGUGGCCUUUACGGCGCAGACGCUGGACAUUUACGACAUUGCGGACGCCAUGUCGGCGAGGGGCUGGCACCUCAAUGCGCUGCAGAACCCGCCGGCGAUCCACGUGGCGGUCACGCUGCCGAUCACAAAGGUCUGGGCGAAGCUGAUCAGCGACUUGGAGGCGGCGGUGGAGGAGGAGCGCGAGAAGGAGCGCGUGCGAGUGGUGGAGGGCAAGGGCGCGAAGGGCAAGGCGGUCGGCGACUCGGCGGCGCUGUACGGCGUGGCCGGCUCGCUGCCCAACAAGAGCGUCGUCGUGGACCUGGCGACGGGAUUCCUUGACCUGCUGUACAAGGCGUAA